AUGGUGCCCAACGGCUUACGAGGUCUGUCCCACGAUCAUACAAACAUUGCAACAGGAAGUGGCAGAAAUCCAAGAUGCUAUCAGUUAAUGCAUCAUCAACGGCAAAAACGCGGAGCACUGAACAUCGUUGGAAAUAUCGCGAAUGGGCUGUUCGGAGUACUCGAUGAUCAGUACGCCAAACGGAUGGAAGAAAUUAUUGGUAAACUAAGAACCCAAGAAAGCAUCACGCAUAAAAUAGUAGAGAACCAGACGUCAGUUCUGGAUACCACCAUCAACAUUAUGCGGAGGACGACGAUCGAAACGCAGAAGAGGAUGCAGGACCUAGAAGCCAGCCUGGCCAGAAUCAAGGUGAGAAGCCAUGCGGCUGAUCGGUAUCUGCCACAUGCAGUUUCAGAGUUCGUCGUCGUGGUAAGUCACAUUCGUCGAGUCCAGGAUGCUGUAUUAAAUGUGCUAAUCGGGGCACUCGAAGGAAAAUUGAGCCCUGCAUUGGUGUCGGUAGAACAAGUGAAACAGGUGAUCACAAAAAUACAAACACACCUUCCACCGGGAAGACGAUUACCCAUCACAAGUGAGACAGCACGAGACUUAUAUCGACUGGCGACCACAAGGGUACAAGAAACCGAGGACUUACUAAUGUUCCAUACGAGUGUUCCAUUUGUCGAAGAAGACGAAUUCACAGUAUAUCGGAUGGAGUCAAUUCCACAAAUAACGAGAGAAGGCCUGGUGAUAACCAAGACGGAAACAAAAUAUCUAGCAGUCGAUGAUCAUCGGAAACACCACUUUGCGAUCAAUCAAGAACACCUCAGUCAGUGUAUCAGCGGGACGAACGGAAAUAAGGUAUGCGAGUUUAAGCAAACACUAUUGGGCCCGGACGCCCAUCAACUCCCUUGUAUGAUGGCGGCACUAUCAAGACAUCGGGCAAGGGAAUGUAAGCCAGAACCAAUCAAGGGGACCAGUUAUUGGGUUCAAUUAACAGAGCAGAAUGCAUGGAUCUUUGGGACAACGAAGCCAAUAAUAAUGACCUAUGUAUGCUCGGAUGAAAAAGAUCAAAUCAUCAUCGACGGCUUUAACUCAUCAGGAACAAUAAGGAUGUCAGGAAGUUACGUUCACGAGUGGCCAUCACAUGAAAAAAUAAGGACAACAGAAGGACAGUUGGAAGCAACAUUAGAUCAGCUAGACCAACUACAUGCAGAGGUGCAGGGGUUAAAAACAUGGACAAAGCAAGCACAGGAAGAGGUGGACAACGAGGCAGACUGGAAUCUGGUUCAUCAAUAUUCCGGAGUAAUAAUGUCAGGAGUAGCAAUCCUCAUAGCCGCAUGGGCAGGGUACACGCAGUGUGCCCGGAAGGACACCUCAGCAACCCAUCACCGGAGGACGACAAUAACCCAAGGAGAAGAAUUCCAGCUGGUCGAACAACGACCCGGGCUGGCCAUGUUGGCAAGUGUACGAUCCAGUGUACGAAGUUGA